CGUAUGAAAAAUGGAUACCCAAUGGAAGCAUGUUAUCUUAAAAGUGCCCGUUGUCCUUAGAAGUUUACCAAAGCUAUAUUUUCAAAGCAGUCGUUAUCAUUGGACGGCUGUCAUUGAUAGCUAACUGGUUAGAUUGCUUGCUACGCUAAAGCUUGGAUGAAAACAACAUUCGACAGCCAUGAAGAUGCACUGACGUUGGCUAGCUACGCAUCAUUUUAUCCAGAUCAGUGUGUGCAGGGACCCAAUGUCGUCGUGGAGAGAGACUAACAGAAUGAGCAUCCAGUGAGAGCAGAUCGAAAGCGAGACUCACUUCUUUGACAUCACCCACAAUCAGUUUUAUUUCAAUAGACACCCCAUCAGGCACCAUGACGUCCUCUAUGCUACGCCGACAACUGAAGAACCUCGUUCAGAACUUCUCUGAGGCCGAGGUCAAGGUGAGGGAGGCCACCUCCAAUGACCCCUGGGGCCCCUCCAGCUCGCAGAUGGCCGACAUCUCGGACCUCACCUACAAUGUGGUGGCCUGCAAUGAGAUCAUGACCAUGCUGUGGAAACGCCUCAAAGACGACAAGAACUGGAGGCACAUCUACAAGUCGUUGACCCUGUUGGAGAACCUGUUAAAGACGGGCUCAGACCGCGUUCUGAAUACGAUGAAGGACAACGUCUACAUUGUGAAAGCGCUAACAGAGUUCCGUUUCCAGGACAAGGAUGGGAAAGAUCAGGGGGUGAACGUGAGGGAGAAGGCCAAGGUAGUACUGGUUCUUAUGGAGGACGACGAGAAACUAAAGGAAGAGCGAGAGUCUGCGCUCAAGACCAGAGACAAGAUCUCAAAGAGCGCCACUGCCUCCUCGGACGACCCCAAGGACCCCAAGGACCCCAACUACAAGCCAGUGUAUGUCCCAGGAGCCACCGGGCUCCCCUCCCUGGCCAACAUCCCUUCUGUGGCUGACCUCGCCGCCAGCUUUGAGGCCAAGAAGCAAGAAAAACUGAGACUAGAGGCCCAGAAAAAAGAGGAGGAACGAAGGUCAAAGAUGACCAAGGAAGAGCUUGAAUGGGAGGAUGCCGCCAAAGCAGGGAAAGUUGCUGACGCCUUUGGCGGGGCAGAUGAACCAUCAGAGGAGGAUGCAUGGGGUGCAGCAGCCAAAACACCCGCUCCUGAUCCUUGGGGGGUUGCGUCCAAAGCUCCAUCCGAGGAUGCAUGGGGCGGAUCAUCCAAAGCUCCAUCCGAGGAUGCAUGGGGUGCACCAUCUAAUGCUACAACAGAAGAAGCAGAUCCUUUUGCGGCGCCAGCCAGUGCCCCAACAGAUGGUUCAGAUCCUUUUGUGGCUACAAUAGAUGGUUCUGAUCCAUUUUCUGCACCAUCCAAUGCAUCAUCUAAAGUUGAAGCUGAUCCGUUUGGGGCACCAAAAGAUGAUCCCUUUUCAGCACCAUCCAAUACACCAAAAGGUGGUUCCAAUCUGUUUGGGGCACCAAAAGAUGAUCCCUUUUCAGCACCAUCCAAUACACCAAAAGGUGGUUCUGAUCCAUUUGGGGCAUCAAAAGAUGAUCCCUUUUCAGCACCAUCCAAUACACCAAUAGGUGGUUCCGAUCCAUUUGGGGCACCAAAAGAUGAUCCCUUUUCAGGACCAUCCAAUAUGUCUAAAGAUGGAGCCGAUCCGUUUGGGGCACCAAAAGAGGAUCCAUUUUCGGCACCAUCCAAUAUGCCAAAAGACAAUUCUGAUCCUUUUGGGGCCCCAUUGAAUACCCCAACGAAAGGUGCUGAUCCUUUUAGGGCACCAUCCAGUCCACCAACCGAGGCUUCAGAUGCGUGGGGUGCUCCAUCCAAUCCACCGUCCGAAAAGAAGGCUGAUCCCUGGGGAGACGAGGGGACCACAGCUGCCUCUCCCCCCGCAGAUCCAUUUGGCGAUGGCUCGAAGGCUGAUGAUGACGCAUGGGGACCACCAGCAUCGACUCCGCCCACCGCCAGUGACCCUUGGGGUGCAACUGCUGCUCCCACAGACACAGCAUCGACAAGUGACCCCUGGGGAGAUGGAGGGGCUUCCACCACUACAGACACUAUGAACUCUGACCCAUGGGGAGCUCCAAGUAAUGGCACAGACAAUGGAGCCGCCGCAGACGAAAGCAACAAAUCGCCAGCUUCGUUCCUUGGCGCAGGAGCUUCACUCGUGAACAUGGACUCACUCCUCUCGUCCGAACCCAAACAACCCCCCCUCAACGUCUUUGCCAAGCAACAAAGCGUUUUACAAGGCCCAGGCCCUAUGGGCAGAGUCACGUCCAUUGCUGGUGUGUCUCGUACUACAAUCCCCCCAAACGGCAGCCUUUUUGGUUCCACCGCUAUGUCCCACGGUGUUACCCACCUCAGCUUUCGGUCCCCCAACCCCAUGUUGGGGACUCCUUUAUCCCAGCUAUCAUCCCAUUCCCUGGGCAUGCCUCGUCCUGGCCUGGCUAUGCCUGCAAUGGGACCUCAGAUGGCACCCCCCUGUUUUGGAGCUGUGAUGGUACAACCCAAUUGUCUGGGGGUGAUUCCUCAGGCAGGUCACUCUGCUGUGGCCCACUUGGGAGCUUCCACUCCUCCAAUGGGACGGGGGGUCCCUUUGCAGCCACACAUGGUUUUGGACACCGGGAUGGGAGAGCCUCUUCAACAGAACAACAAUCCUUUCCUUUUUUGAAAAGCUACAACCUGUCCAGCUCACCUUCCUCAACCCCAAUAUCUACAAUGGUUAAUAUAAUGUACAUGUCCAAUUUAGGUGUAUGCAACGAUAUGUAAGAAAUUAAGCCAGGCAAAAUAUAAGUAUUUUGAAAUGAUUUUUCAUGGAAAAACAUUCCAUUUUGAUUGAUUCGAUUUCGGUUUUUUCAAGAGUGGGAAACUUAGCGGGGACCGUAGGAGUUAGAUCCAUUUAGGUCUUGUGUGAUUUUGCUCUUGUGUUGUUCGUUUUCAGUUACACUGACCAGGUUAUUAUCAAUGCUCUCGUUCUUUAUGCUUGACUCAUGAGGCUCUGAGAAAGAUGGACGGAGGGUUAACAAGACCUGAUAGCAAUAUGUGUACAAUCAUUACAAAAGCCUACAGUGGGACACGUACCCAUAAAGAACAGGAUGCUAGUAGAGACGCUUUCAGGAGGUGUGUGUGUGUGAGCGAGCAUGUUUUGUGUGAAGAUGAGGUGAGGUCCUUCAGCAAAAGUAACCAUAACAACAGUAACUUUUUAAAGUCAUUUUUAAAGUUCUAUUGUAUUUUUUUUAAAUUAAUUUAUUAUCCUAUUUAUUGUAUUUAUUUAUUUAUUAAACGAUUUGUUUGUUUCUUGAACACUUGGCCUCCAACAGAUACUUUCGAAAAACAAACUAGAGUCAUAUUUAAAUUAAUUCAUCUCACAUUACUGACAGCAAGCAUCAAAGUUGUCAUUGUCCCGUGGGUUUCUUGAGUUGAACAGUGACUUUGGUUGGAAACGGUCAUAUCCAAUUGGAUAGAACCCUAAUCAUCCACAUUAUCAUCCAAUAACCAAUAGUGGCUUUAUUUCCCUUUUAUCAUUUUGUACACAUUUAUAUGUCUACUUAUUUACUUAUGUUCGGGAACAAACACAUUGUAUACAAAUGAACGCUGAAUUUGUCAUAUCCUUUUUUUCUGUCCUGCGAAACGAUCUGUCAGUUGAAAGUCUUUUUUUUGUCAAAUAUUUGUAUUGAAAGACAACAUUCCAUGCAUACAGUACUGUUAAUGUAUAUAUAUUCAGUGAGUUUUCAUCGUAAGGCCUAUUGGAUGCUUGUCAUUCUGUAUUUUUUCAUUCCUUCUUUGGCCUCAAACGAAACAGUCCAAGUACAACAAGACGGUGCACAAAACGUGAAGCGAAAUGAAAGUGGGACUGGAAGUCAACAAAUUAAUUUAUCUGAAUCGUAGUGCAAGUGUAUUAGUAUAGCUACGAUAAAUGUUAUCAUAGCUACUAUUAUAAUUAGAUUUUGUAUGAUAAAUCUUUAUUUUAUUGUGUAUGUCAAGGCUGUGAUGUAAACUGUGACAGUACACGUUUGAGAAAUAAAAUGAUUCAAUUCCUGAGAGCUCAGGUCUGACUACAGUAUCUGCAAA